CUAGCUUUUCAGUGUUAGUUUUAGCAACCAAAAAUGGCGGGUUCAGAAAAGGCAAUAGAGGAGUAUUUAAAACAAAGAAAUAUUACAAAGGAGAAAGAUGUAGAACAACUGUAUUUGGCAAACAAGGGACUGGAUGAGGUUUCAGAUUUGGGAAAAUAUAAAUUUCUUAGGACUCUUUGGUUGAAUGGAAACAGGUUGAGACGAGUUAAUUUUUUGAAUAACAACUUUCACAUAGCUGAACUGCAUUUACAAGACAACCAGUUAGUUGAGAUAACAGGAGCUCUGGGUCACCUGACCUGUUUGCGUGUUCUUAUGCUACAGAAUAACCAGCUAACAAAGCUCGAGAAAGUUGUCAGAGAGUUCCAGAAAAUGCUCACACUUCACACACUUAAUUUAUUUAACAAUCCAGUGGCACAGGAGCCAGAUUACAGGAUCUUUGUCAUCAACUCUAUCCCCUCUAUACAGCUUCUAGACAGACAAGAGGUUAGUAAGAAGGAGAGAGAUACAGCCAGGAGAAUCUACGAUCAAGAGCAGGAGAAAAUUCGGGAGACAGUGGCUUUUGGGCGGAGAUCGGAGGGUCCCCCCACAAUAUUUCAUCCAAGCAGUGAUAAACUCAACAGACUUACCCGUGAUCCAACAGAAUAUGGAAACAGCUUUUACAGAGAUAAUCCUCCUUAUGAAACACUAGAAGAUGCAAUAAACGCUCGUCGUAGGAAGAAAUCAGUCACACUUUACACGUCAUUUGAUUGGUCGAAACUUCCUCUUUAUGAACAACGUCGACAGAGUGAUGCACCAUUCGAUUCUCCUGAGAUCAUUACACAUGUAUACCGAUGAUAAUUAUCUGUACAUCAAAUCUCUGUCCAAACAAAUCCUAAACAAUUUAAAUUAUCGUCUCGUAAUUUAUUGAAAAUUGUGAUUGAUUUUGCCAAAACAAUCUAUUGGUAUUUUUACAGUUUAAAUUGAUAUUCUGUUUGUUUUCUGUUGUUAUGUUUAUCUUUUUUUUUUAACAAAGAAUUUUUACCAUAUUUUUUCAUAUACAUUCUACCUAUAUCUAUACAAUUUCAAAGUUUAUUUA